AUCAAAGUGUCGAUGGAAAGAUAGAGUGCUCGAAACGAUUCAGUCGGCGUCGAGAAACGCAGCGCCCGAGUGUCCUCUGCCGAGGAUCACGCUGCUAGGAAUCAUCCUCGAGCACCAGGAACGAAAGGACAACGCCUGUCGAGGUUACGAUAACCUUCGUGAGAUCGACAAAGUCGCGUGGUGGGGUUCGGGACGUGGUCUUGGUGGGAGACGACCAGGUGAAACGAGUUUUACUGAUCACAGAAAGAAGGAGUCGCGAGAGUGGAAAGGAUCAGCAAUAUGUCGGGGAGCAAGGAUGUCAGCCAACAGACUGACGCUCGCAGAAUCGACAUCGAGAAACCUUACUGGGAUCAGAGCACAUACCGUGGAAGGGCGUUGCACUUUCUCACCGUCACUAACCCUUUGAAUCUGUUCGUCACUAGCGAACAGCUCGAACAUGCUCAUGACAUCGUCUCCAAAUACAGGAAAGGAGACAGUUUGCAAAAACUGGGUAUCACGGAAGAGGAACUAUGGAAAUGUAAAUACUUGUACGACAGUGCGUAUCAUCCUGAUACGGGCGAGAGAAUGCUGUUGAUCGGACGUAUGAGCGCCCAGGUUCCAAUGAACAUGAUGAUAACCGGCUGUAUGUUAACGUUUUACAAAACAACGGCACACGUGGUAACCUGGCAAUGGAUUAAUCAAUCGUUCAAUGCCAUCGUUAAUUACACGAAUCGUAGCGGAUCGAGCCCGGUACCGAUGAACACGAUCCUCCAGAGUUACGUGAUGGCGACCGGAGGAGCUGUGGCAACAGCCCUUACCUUGAACCGGCUUUUCCGAAACGCGCCACCCUUGAUGGGUCGUUUGGUACCGUUCGCGGCUGUUGCAGCUGCCAAUUGCGUUAACAUUCCUUUCAUGAGGAUAUCCGAGCUCCAAAACGGUAUAGAACUUCAGACGGAGGAUGGCAGAAGGGUUGGCACCAGCAAAAAGGCUGCUAAAAAAGCCAUCAUCGCUGUGACAUUAUCACGUAUCCUCAUGUCUUCUCCAAGCAUGCUAUUGUCGCCAGUUAUAGUGAACUUCAUGGAUCGAAGACAAAUGCUACGUAACGCAAAAUGGGCAGUCACGCCAAUACAAGUCUUGAUUUGCGGUGUUUGUUUAACAUUUGCAACUCCUCUCUGCUGUGCUUUGUUCCAUCAAAGAGUACCUAUCUCGGUAGACGAACUGGAGCCAGAAGUACAAAAGGAAGUACUUUCGCGCGACAAUAGUCUACGAACAGUAUACUAUAACAAAGGUCUAUGAACAGUUAUUAAGACUAUAUAAGAAAAAUGAAAAUGUAUCGUAAGUUUGAGACGCGAUACAACAGUUCCAUGUCAAUGUAAUUUUUUCACGCAAAAAAUAUAGUGUUCGGUUAGGAGUGGGGAUUCUUUGA